GAGGCCGCGCUCCGGCCGCUCUGAGCGCGAGCGUCCCGGGGCUGCGGGAGGGGCUCCCGCCGCGGCCCCUCGCCCUCCGCUCCAGGCUCGGGCGCGCGGGUCGCGGGAGCUGGGAGACCGCCUGGCACGGCGACUCCGCGGGGGACCUUGUAGCCACUCUUGUCCCAAGGGUCUCUGGGCACCCCUCCCCGGGAGGGCAGCCGGGCGUCCCACCGUGUGCACCCUGAGGAGUCCCUGAAGUCGCCUUCCGCUCUCUUGAGGGUCUUGGUUUGAGUACAGACCACGUCCUGGAGCUCUGGAAGCCUUUUCACAUCCUACACCUGCUCGGGACUGGUAGGACAGGUAACAUGGCCCGUCUUGGGGGUUGUUGGGGGUAUUCGCGAGUAAAAUACAGGGCAGUUUGAAACUCGUUUGAGGUGGGUUCUGCUCUUUUAAGCCGAUUUCAUGCAGCGUUCUGAACUCCAAAUGCCAUUCUUGACGCUUAGGGAGUCACGAAGCCCAUCAUCCAACACCGGUUCUUCCGGAGAACUUUCCAACUUCGAGUUACACGUGUCUAAUCCGUGGAGUAACGUGUUCAGAGAUUGUGUCCUGCACCUUUUACAAAAUACGCUCAUGGCGUCAUGUGUGUCUUUCGAAGUGGAACAGUACCAAGAUUUCAGGAGUGAAAAUAAAUGUUCAACCUAUUCAAACUGUCAAAUAUUUAUGCAGAACUGCCUAAAAACAGCGUUUAGGUGGCUCGUUUAGGACUAGUAAUAAGAUUUAUCUAGUCGUCUCUACAGAAACACUCAUCCUUUUAAUGAGGGGACACCGUCAGAUUUUAUUCAAAUAGAGCUAUCUGAAUUUUGCCUGGGGGCCUGCGAUAUGAAGUUACGGUGUAUGUGGCCUCCGACCUGAUAUUUUUUCGUUUUUGCCCCAGCCAGUCUUUAAAAAAAUUUCUGUCACCUCUUUUCCCCCUUCGCAUUAAUAAUUGCCUCCUCAGGAAAUUGCAAACUUUGUGUCUGUAUUCUUUUCUAGGGGAUGUACAGGGUAAGAAUAUUCUAAUUAUAUACUUUCUUAUGGUUGCUUUUUCCUAUUUGUAAUGGUAAAUGCGUUUUUCUUUUAAUUGCACUAAUGCUUAACAUGAAAUUAUUGCUCAGUGCAAAGAGUAUUUGCGUUUUUUCUUUCUCCCUUUACUAAAAAGAUGCUAGUUGGCUAUUCUGGAUUGACUCUGCGAAACCAUAUCAUUUGUUAGGAUUUUUCAGAUUUCCUCCCUUGUCCCUUACUUGGUUUCCACUCUGUGCCUCGAUUAGGGAAUGCCAGUUUAAUCUUUUAGGGUGUGCCAUGGCUUUGAAGACCAGAGUAAAACUCUGCGUGGAAUCUGCAGGGAUUCAGUUUGCAGAAUCUUUGGCCGCAUAAGCACAUCGGCAAAGCCUUUUUGUUUCCGAGGUCUCUAACCAUUGUCACUGGAUUUAGAGUCAAGAGUCUGUAAAGGAGAAUAAAGGCUGGGAGGGGAGACAUGGUAGCUGUUGGAGAUGAAAAAGUCUGAGAAUACUCUGGAGAUUUUCAUCUUUUAUUCUCCUAUGUUUUUGUCACUUGAACAUAGGCGUCUGAAGAAUUUUGAAGUUCACCUUUCUCUCCAUUACAAACCUGCUCGCCUUUGUGGAGUGGGAGUGCCUAGUCUCCAUUCUGUGUGCUCCACCUUUGUUCUCUUUCAUGCAUCUUUGCUUAAGUUAUCCUUAUUUUGUCUCUUUUGGCCACACCUGGAGCCCUUAUCUGUGGCCAUUUCUUCUCUUUUUAGUCCUACUUUUUCAGAUGGCUUUUCCUCAUAGUUUUCCUUUGGUAACUUCUCUGUUUAGCCUAGUUUCUGUCUUCCCUUCUGUUUUGUUGUAUUUGCUUGCUGCUCCAUAUGUCCGUAUCUAUCUACCUAGCUAUCUACCUAUCUACAUUUUAUUAAGUGUUCAGAGCCAUCUGCUGGUUUUAUUUUGGUGCCCUUCAGUGACCAACUUUCAGAACAGAAUCUUGAAAACACCUUUAGGUUGCUAUUUGUUUUAUUAUUUCCCCAAAUAUGAUAUGAACACAUUGAUUUUUAAGGUCUGGCUUCUUGUAGACUCCUUACUGAUGUCAAACGUUUAGAACAAAAGCAAAGUUUUCAGUUGAAUAUAUUUCUAAAUAGUCACAUAUUUAGUACUGUGUGCCUCAUUGGAAUAUUUUGUCAUCCAACUGAAUACUGAAAAACUCACUUAACUGUAAGUUUCCAAUUACAUGAUAUCACUUGUCUGAAUGAUCUAGAACAUCUACGUGGUUAACUCAUUUCUACAUCUUUAAUCUUAAUAUUCAAAAUCAUGUAGAUAUAGCCUUGAUUUAAAAAAACCUAAUGAAUUUGUUCUUUUCUUUGUCUUCUGUUUUAAUGACUCUUCACUGUACUGCCUAACACAGUGUCUGGCACAUACGUGCUGAGUGUGUCUUUAUUGUAGAGUGAAUGCCACUGAUUUCAAUAGUUUGAGAAAGGGUGUUCAGUUUGUCUUCAAAUGUAUAUUCCUCGUUGAAAAUUACUGAUUCCUUACUCUACACCAGGUACUGGACAACCAAAAGUAACGUGUAGUUCCAGUUUUGAAGAGAGGCUACAAUUAUUUUUACCUUUGGGAAACCCUUCAUUGGUAGAUUUUAAGAGUAGUUUUUCGUUUUGUUGUAAUUUUAUAGAAAGUUACAACACCUAUAAACAGAUGACUUCAGUACUGUCCACACCAGAAAGCAAGUAACAAACACACUCUCUAAUAUAUGAAGAUGAUGCUACUUACUAUUCCAUCAUCACAAGCACAGGUGUUUGGUGUGUUUGUUUUCCUGGUAGUAACAAAUUUGUCCUAAUAAAUUAUAUUUUCUUUUACUUGCCUAUCUGGCCAUUAUUUUAGAAGUGUGGUCUGUGGCUGUGGAAUUGUUAUUGAUGUCUUUGACAAAAGCAAACCAACAACUGGGGAUUCAUUUCUACCAGGCUCUACCUAAUUGAUCAAGCUCUCUUAGUAGCUGAGUUAAGAUAAUCAGAUUAUGGUUUACCUAUUAAUUUUUCUUGUCCAACUUAGUAAACAUAACUGUCUAUUAGUCUCUGGAAGCAAGCAGCAUUCUCUUGUUUUUCACGUGCUUAUGAACUCUUAAACUUUCUGAGAAUGGCCUCUGCUGCCAUUAGUUAACUUCCUCAUUGGUAAGUACAAUUAGUAUCAACUUAAGAUUUGAGUUAGUGUGAUUUUUGUUUAAAAGGCUGUAUUUGAAUAUGUGGGUCACAUCUCUUCUGUUCUUAUUUAGGCUUUUACUUUGGAUAUCUCUCUUCAGAGAAGUCUGUGGUUCUGUUUUUCUAGAUGUGUAUCGACAUGAUACAUUGUUGAAAAUCUUGGAGUUUCUAACAUCCACGAUUGAAAAAUCAAGCUGAAGUGUCCUAUGUAAUGAUUUAGUGCUGCAACUGUCAUAUAUUUAAUUUUUUGCCUUCCCUCUGCAAAAAAAAUUAAAAAAUGAGAAAUAAAACCCACACCUGCCCUCCCUUUGUAGUGCUGCCAUACCAGCACCUCUCUUCAGAACUUGAGCCUAAUCUGGGAUUCAGCAAUGAGGUGGAUGAUAUGAGAACAUUUCAUAACCUUUCUUCCAGGAGUUAAAAGCAAAAAACAACCCCUGACCAUGUUGUAUUCAUUUUUGGAAUAUUUUGUGAACAAUACACAACAAAGAAUUUUUAUGUCGUUUGUUGAUGCUUGCUAGUUUUUGUCACAGUUGUGGGGAAAAUUCUUUUCCUUCCUUAACCCACUCUGGCUUCAUCAAGGCUCCCUACGUCUUCAUACAAUUAUACCUAACACAGUGCUGUUUACACCAGUAAAGCCCACUUCCUUCCAGUGGAGACCUAGUGGUCACAGUGGAUAGAGCUUGGUGUCACCAAGGAUGCUGAGCGAUGGCUGUAAUUAAGAUGCUCUCAUUUUAUACGUCAACUUCUGCCCAUCUUUUUUUUUUCUCCCAGAUUUUAAGAUAAGUGGAUCUGUUCCACUUAAAAACAGAUGCUUGUCUCUUCAAAAACGUCAGGUAAUAAACCUUAAAGCUCACUUGUGAUCCAUUCUACUCCUGUUUGGGCCAGAAGAUUUUAUGUAAGUUGGUACCUUAUUAUAAUUAGAAGAUAAAGCUUAUUGGAUUAGGGUCUUUUCUUGCUUUCGCUCGAGGUUUCUAGCUGUCAUCUUGGUAAGUGAUGAUGAUGAUAGUCACUAGUGGGAUUAAGUUAUUGCAUAUUGAACCAUAACGGAAAAUGGGGUCUCUGCAUGUUCAGCCUUAUUUGUUUACUCUCAAUAUGAACUCGGGGCGGAUUUUUAGAAUGCAGUUCAAUUUUUACUUUUAAAAAUCACAGUAAAAUCUCUAGGACUUGAAAUACAUUUGAGUGAUGGGGGUGUGAAGUCAUCUCUGUAACACAUGCAAAGUGUAUUUUCCCAAAGUAUAUGGGUUAUAUCUCUCCCCCUCACCCCGCCCCCCCCAUUCAUGCUAUCUGGUUUCUACAAGAAAGUAUCCAUUUGGUGGAAACAACUGGAUUUGAUAUUUGUGAAACUAAUAGGCCAAAUUUACCACACUCAUAUGCAAAAUUUAUAGCAAUUGUACGUGCAACCAAAUUACCAAAUACUGUUUUGAUAUGUUGGGAUUCCCUUGGAGUGGGAAAUAUGACUUUGUAACAUUGAUUCUAAGAAUAUCCUAUGAGAUAUUCUCUUUGGAGUUUUCCAUGAUCAGCAGUUAAUCUAUUUUGGAUGAGUGUGUGUUGUAUAUAUCUACAGCCCAGAUCUAGCGUCUGUAGAGAAGCAAAGAAUAAGUAACCUGCUUCCUAUUCUCUGUGCCUUGAACACUCAGUGAAGGAGUUAACCAGUAUGCAUACAAUGGGAAGAGAAUGAUAGAGCUGCCAUUUGAGUGAUACAAAGAGCCGAGGGGUCAGGAGGAAAGAGAACAAUCCAUUCUAAACUUUUCCUUUUUUUUAAGUAGCCCUUGUGUUCCUGACACAGACUAAAUGCUCAAUCAAUUUUAGGUAUUAUCAUCACCAUCACGGUUACUAUUAUUGCUUUAAAAUCACUGCUUCUCUAGGUGCUCUUUGGUGAAACUUGGGUCUCUUGGACUUGAGUUCUGGCUGAGCAGUUAUUCACCAAAAUUUGUUUUUGGGAGAGCAAUAAUACUUAUUAAUAAUUUGGCAAAAUUGUCCAUUAUUGAUUACUCCAACCUCUAUAAAAUUCCGAUGUUUAACUGAAAAUUCAAAUUAUUCUGAAUGGUCUUAGAGGAAAGACAUUCAAAGACAUUAAGAUUAUGUUUUAGAUGGACAUCUUGAAGAAUAAAGUCAUUGCAAAAGUGCGAUCAAAUUAACAUGAGAUUAUCUUAAUUUCUCACUCUGACAGCUGCGUUGUUAUAUUAGACAAACCUGGUACAUUUGUACAAACUUAAUGAGUUGAAAACCCAUAAACGGUCUUGUCCAGAAUGGAAAGAUCACAAGAGGCCUCCAGCCAUCCCGCCCUUUAAAACUUCUCCCACAGGAGUCCCUCUGAAGACCAGGAAAGCAGUCCUCAUCUGCAGCUUAGUGUUGGUUCCAGUCUUGGCUUUCAGCUAGGACUGGACCAAGGACUGAUAAAAAAUGCUGAUAGCUAAGGAGAUACUGGUCCAUUCCAUGUUAGAGAGGGAAGAGUUCUUCUGAUAGGAGGAAACACGUUCAGUUUAUUGUCCUACCAUUGGCCUAGUAGAUGAAAAAAAUAUUUUAAAAGAAAUUAUAUAACCAGAAAUAUAUUUACUAUAGUCUUCAGUUCCUGUCUGACGUCGCUCUUCUAUUGUACAAGGAAGAUUCCCUUGAAGAUGUGGAGCUGGGUACCGUUGCUUUACCUUCUAGGUUUCAGCUUCUCCUGAAUAUAGCUUUUUUUAAAAAAAAUCUGAUAAUUGUUCCUGAGAAGUGGUGGGAGUGGGGUGACAAGAAAUUGACUUACAUCUUCAGUCUAUGAGGCAAAUCUUUGUUUAAAGGAAUCCUGGGAUGAAUCCGUUUCUACUAGGUAAAAAUCACAAGGUUUUUGUUUAAUGGACCUCAGAUGCUCAGAAUUCCAUUAAUCAUAAUUCUUCGUUUGCAACACAUUAUUGUUAUGCCAUUAUUGGUUCAUGUGUGGCCAAUAAAUGUUAUUCAUUUUAGAUUCUUGGGUUAGGUGGUGGAUGGAUAUUCAUUGUAUUAUUAUUUUAAAAUAAUAUAUGACUAAAUAAAAUUUUAAGUAAAUUUCUCCUAAAUUAGUAAAUAAAAUUUUUACAAAUGUCUUCUUUGUGUUUUUCCUUUGAGUAGAGAACACCUGUAUUGAGCAGAAUUUUCCCUUUUCCUUCAAAAGGACAGCUUUUUUAAGACAGUGAUUUUUUUUUUUCCCUCUUAAAACUGACUUCAUGUUCACUUCCAUAAUGUUCCUAGUUUCUUUGAGCAAAGGGUGCUUAUUUUUGCACAGAGCUCAUAGUCCACAGGAUGUUUCCAACUUGCGUAGGUACUUGUCCUGAUAAAAAUGCAAAUGAAAACUUGCUGAUAGUUUGUAUCAACUUGGGUAUGAAUUCCUCUGGGAAGAGCUUGUGUCCAAAAAAUUCAGGCUACUCUGUAUGAACUUUUUAUCUGCUUUAAUGAUCAUAUUAAACAACACAAUUUUAUAUUUGUGUUUGAAUCCAACAACAUGUUUUAAUUGGUUUCUUUAAUUCUAUUGCAAUUUGAGCAAUUGUUUGGGAGACGUUUCUGUGGGACCUAGAGGGAGCCUAGGAUGAGCUUUGACAGUCCAUCCAUCCUGAGGGCUCAUUAACAUUCUAGAGUGUUUGGGCCACUUGAGGAAUUUUCCUUUGUUCCGAGGCAACCUAUGCAAGAAAAUGAAGUCAGAUUGGCUAUGAUUAAUCAUGCGAAGUGAGGUUGCUAUUUCAGUUUUUAGAUUUGACAUUUUGCGUUGAUCUGGACUUUUGUAAAUGAGUAACUUCAAGUCUAAAACCUACUGGGAGUUCAUUUUUUUCAUCACCUCAAGAUAAAAUGGCACUGCUGAGUUUUUGAGUGAACCUCAGCUUGGAGUAGGUAUUGCGCACCAGCUCUGUGCCAUGUGAGGAUGUGCCAAGCGGUGAACAAGAUGCUUCUGUGGAUCACAGGUUAGUCUUUAUGGAGCUUCAUGGUGUUUAGAGUUACUUUCCUACCACAUCCUCUUCUCUUUGGCUUUUGAAUCUAUAUUAUAAAUUUACGUAUUUGGAGGCGAAGUUAAAUGUCAUUCUUUUUAGUAAAAUCUUAUCAAUGUUUACAACUUGAGGGCCAUGCUGUUUGAGCAGACUCUGAGAUUUAACUGAGCAACUCUUAAAAGAUUGGAUAAGUGAAUCAAGUGGGAGAACUAGAGACUCGGGUUGAAAAAGAAAACCUUCCGUUGACUUAUUUUCUAAUGAAAGCCUUUGUGACAAGGUUCAUACAAUUUUGACCAACUGUAUUUGAACUCGUGGUACUUGUUCUUUGGUAAAAAGAGAAGGAGCUGCUGCUGUUUCAUAUUCUCUCUAUUCUGAUUACGUUUAUACUUUAGUGAAAGAAAGAAGAACCACAUGUAUGCACAUAAAAUGCCUCUGCCCCAAUAAUUUUAUGUAAGCUUUCUGGGAGUUCAAGACUCUGAAUUCGAACUAGUGGACACCUACAAUUUCAGAAACCCGGAAUAACCCUGAGAUUCAGAAGGUGUUUCAGCUCCUGGGAAAAAUAUUUUAGGAGAGGACCCUUUGGGGCAGGAUGGGGCCUUUUUGGUCAUACUUCCUUUCCUUUUGCUGACAUGAGACUGCUUGUGGCCUCCAGGGAGGAGCUGAGAACAUCUCAGAGGUAGGUGUGGUUGUGGGGUCUCUAAGUUAAAGAGCUAUGACAGUAACACAAUGAUACCCAUUCUCAUUUGUGCCAUGGUGGAAGCGGUUUCCUGCCCUCAGACACUUUGGACUUCAUUGUCUCCAGCAUUGCCACCUUUCUUUCCUCCAAAUUUUCAGAUUUCUAUGUCUACCUAUGGAAAUAAGUUUGAUUCUAAAUUUAGCUGAGAUUAUUAUUUUAAGUGAAUUGUAAAUUAUAUGUAACUGGCAAGAAAAGAAAAGAGUGGAUAAAAAUAGUAUCCUUUUUACAUAUCUGGAAUUGGAGCAUCUUUAGAAUGACAUUUGAAAUCCAGUCUUAUGGCUCAGUGUCAGUGUGAUGUGGAUCAUCUUGUAGAAAUCUCUGGAAUGUAAUAAACUUAAAGUUUAAUAGCAAUAAAAAGGUCAGACCGAAGAGCCACAUAAGCAUCACUGUGGAGCCUCGUCAGUUUUUAAAGAGUAGAAUAACUGACUGAAACCCUUUCUCUUUACUUGUCAUGUUUGUAUAAUAAUGUGCUUAAUGUACAACAGUGAGGCAAAGGGAAGAAUUUUCUUUUGCAAAACUUGCUUUAGAAGUGAUUAAGAUUUGUAAUGUUUUACAAAAAGCCCUCUUUUAAAUGCAUUGCAUUCGUGACAUAGUGGUUGUGUAGGUGGAGUAGGACUUGUGUGUGCAGUGUUCAUCGAGAAAAUAGCACAAAGCACAUUCACAUGCCAUUGAGACACAAUAGUGGGCGUUGAUAAAAAUUUGUAGUACUAGAGCUUUGAAAACAUAUCCUGGGCUGGUGCCGGUUUUAAUCUCUCCUGAAAAUGAGAAUUUCACCUUUAAAACGAGAUCACUUUUUCAUUAGAUGAUAAUACAUGAAUAAGGCUCAGUAUGGUGGAAAUUUGGUUAUACCACUGUAAAAGUUGGGAGACCAUUGUGAUAGCUGUUUUGUAUUCUAAACUCUAAAUAAUACAUUGAAAACUGUCUUAUGGGCAAUUUCUGAAGCUUUGGAGCUGUUCAUCUCCAGCCUCCCUGGGUGUGGACAGUUACUGAGUUCCUGGCACUAUGUGUAUGCCAAGCACGGUGCUGCACAGAUUCAGAAGGGAGGUAAGCUCCUGAGAAUGACAUUUUAGGGCUCUUUUUAUAGGUUAAGAAAUAGAUCUUAAGAAGUGUAAUUCAUCUGAGGUCAGACAGCUGGGGGCAGAGUGAAGACCUCAAGCAUUUUGGCUUAGCAAAGCGCUGAUUUAUAUCGGGCCUUUCUGCUUUUGCGACAGCAAAUCGUAAUCACUGUAAUACACCUCUGUGGUAGGAAUUUUAUAAAUGGAGAUCAAGAUACAAUUUUAACUUACAAGUUUUUCGAUUUUAGAAUUUCUGGGAAAUUAACAUUUGAAUAAGACAUUUUAGUAUAGUGACAUUCUUAUGAUGCAAACAACUUUUUUAGGUGUCAUGCUUUUACCAAAAAUAUGGAAAAAUGUGAUCUUAACCUAAAAAGACUUUAAAUGUGGAUUCUAAGCCAUCUAAAGUCAUUAGGAUUUUAACUCCCUAAGUAGUGCUUUUAAACAAUUAAGUUCUGUUUGGAGUGCCUUUGUGUUAUCUUAAAAAAAAAAAUGCUGCUUGAAUUUUUGCUUUUUCAGAUUAUCGUAGGUAACAGAUGGUUUGCACUUAGUUCAGUGAGCCAAAUGAAAAAAGAGCAGACUUUGCAUAAAAUUUGUGUUGAUAGUGCAUUUUUUCUCCCUGAGAUGGAUCACAUGAACUUUCUAAAUAAUGAAUAGCAUAUUUACAUUAUUCUGAUCUUUUUUGCUACAGAGUACAAAAAGAAUGUGAAGGACAAACAACCCAGCCUUGUCACUUUAAAAGUUAUUCUUGUAAAUUAUUGAGAGUGUUUUUCUAUUCUUACUGCAUUGCUAACUCUAGGUAUGUUGCAUGUCCUGACUACUUCUAAAAUUGAUGAAUUGUUCCAGUGACUUUGAAAACUGAAGGCACUUUUUAUGUCAUUGAACUACAUUGAAAUAGUAGUAAAUUAAUUUCUAUAAGGAUUUUAAACCUUCAGCAAAGCCUCGAGAACCCACAUCAUUUCUCUAAUCUCAAUUUUGGAAGUAUUUAGUACAGUUGCUAUCUAAUAUUUGACUUUCCAUUGAUUGAUCAUCACCAGUCUGUUCAUAGUUGUUCGUUAACUCUUGUGUGUGCUGGUGAAAGGUGGAGGUGAUGCUGGCAUAAGGCAGGCAGGACGGUAUUACCGAAGUGGAGGAAAAUUGACUAGUGAGGAGUGUAGACACCAGCUGUAGCUGUUGGUACCAAUGGUAAUGGAAAGACUCUUCUGUUUUAAGAAUGGGCCUUUACUUCAUCAUGUAUAAUUUUAAUGCAUUACAUAUUAGACUAGGGGAAUCAGUGAAACUGAACUAAAUAAUUUCACUUCUACUUUUGUAUGUAUGAAUCAGAAUUCACGCUCUUUUCAAGAGUUGGAAGAAAAGUGCUCAUUUUACUGAACUACAUAUAAUUUGUAUCGAAGGAAAUAAAAGGGGGAACAAAGAAUGAAAGAAUCUUUAUUCUUUUUUUGCCCUCAACAAAAUGAUGUCUGUAGAAUAAUGUUUUAAAGCAGAGAAAGUAAUCUCUCUAGUGUUCACUUUGACAGAACUACUGAAAUUAUUUCCUCAGUUGAAUUUUCUAUGUCUUUAAAGACAUAUACAGCAUUGCUAGUUUUAAUAAAACAUGAGAUUCUAGGCUCAGAACAAGCUUAUGCAUUUCGUUUCAAGCAGAACCAUGCCUGACCAUUCCUCAUAGGUGUGUGUCUUAUGUAAGCAUGGGCUGGAGUUUGUACAUAUGCAGACAUAUCUGCAGAAAAGUCAAAAUUUCCUAACUGGUAACAUAAAUGACAAUAUUUCAUAUUUAAAAACAAUAAAAUGCUGAGAAUAUCUGUAACUGUAGAAAACAGCAUUUUCUUCUUAACUUCUUAAUCCCCAAUACUAAAUGUUGGUUUUUUCUCAACUGUUUAUUUCAGUGCUUAGGAAAAGAGAGGCUUAGAGCUGAUAUCAGAAGGUCCCUAAGUUCGUUUCUGCCCUAGACGAAAAAUAGCAAGCAGCCCAUUCUCAUUUAUUAUUCCCUCGGUUUUCCCACUAAGAGCUUCUUGACAUCUCUUCUGACCACACCAGCCUUCCAGACUGACCCAAGAAGAAUACCCUGCUUCUUCUAGGAAACCUGGCACUGGAUCCAGCAUCAAUGUCUACUUGUAGAACAACUGAUGGAUUGGAACUGCUUAUUCCUCAGCAAUGAAUUGGGGAAAAGAAGAGUUUUCUGUGGCCCUCUUCACCAUGAUUCCCUGCAGAGCAGCGCUGUCUUUUGCCCGAUGUCUGAUCCGGAGAAAAAUCGUUACUCUGGACAGUCUGGAAGAUUCCAAAUUAUGCCGCUGCUUAUCUGUCAUGGACCUCAUUGCCCUGGGGGUUGGCAGCACCCUUGGUGCUGGCGUUUAUGUACUCGCUGGAGAGGUUGCCAAAGCGGAUUCCGGCCCCAGCAUCGUGGUUUCCUUCCUGAUCGCUGCCCUCGCCUCCGUGAUGGCAGGCCUUUGCUACGCUGAAUUUGGGGCCCGAGUUCCCAAGACUGGGUCUGCGUAUUUGUACACGUAUGUUACUGUUGGAGAGCUGUGGGCCUUCAUCACUGGCUGGAAUCUCAUUUUAUCCUAUGUGAUAGGUACGUCAAGUGUCGCCAGAGCGUGGAGUGGCACCUUUGAUGAACUUCUUAGCAAACAGAUUGGUCACUUUUUCAGGACAUACUUCAAAAUGAAUUACUCCGGCCUUGCAGAGUAUCCUGACUUUUUUGCUGUAUGCCUUAUAUUGCUUCUAUCAGGUCUUUUAUCUUUUGGAGUAAAAGAGUCUGCUUGGGUGAAUAAAAUCUUCACAGCUGUUAAUGUCCUGGUCCUUCUGUUCGUUAUGGUGGCUGGGUUUGUGAAAGGAAAUGUGGCAAACUGGAAGAUUAGUGAAGAGUUCCUUAAAAAUAUAUCAGCCAAUGCCAGAGAGCCGCCUUCUGAAAAUGGAACAAGUAUCUAUGGGGCUGGUGGCUUUAUGCCUUAUGGCUUUGCAGGCACUUUGGCUGGGGCUGCAACCUGCUUUUAUGCCUUUGUGGGAUUUGACUGCAUUGCAACAACUGGUGAAGAAGUCCGGAACCCUCAGAGAGCUAUUCCUAUUGGAAUUGUGACUUCUUUGCUUGUUUGCUUCCUGGCCUAUUUUGGGGUCUCUGCAGCUUUAACACUUAUGAUGCCGUACUACCUCCUGGAUGAGAAAAGCCCCCUUCCUGUAGCAUUUGAAUAUGUUGGAUGGGGUCCCGCCAAAUAUGUCGUUGCAGCGGGCUCCCUCUGUGCUUUGUCAGCAAGUCUUCUUGGAUCCAUUUUCCCAAUGCCUCGUGUAAUCUAUGCUAUGGCGGAGGAUGGGUUGCUUUUCAAAUGUCUAGCUCAAAUCAAUUCCAAAACGAAGACACCAAUAAUUGCUACUUUAUCAUCGGGUGCAGUGGCAGCUGUGAUGGCAUUUCUUUUUGACCUGAAGGCACUUGUGGACAUGAUGUCCAUCGGCACUCUUCUGGCCUACUCUCUGGUUGCAGCCUGUGUUCUCAUCCUCAGGUACCAGCCUGGCUUAUCUUAUGAGCAGCCCAAAUAUUCCACUGAGAAAGAAGCUCUGAGACCAUGUGCUGGUGCUGCCUCAAAAAGCGAGCCCCACGUCACCAGGCUGCAAGGACGGCGCUUCAUCUUGCAAACUGUCUUCAGCCCCUCGGUUCUGCCUACACAGCAGUCGGCUUCUCUCGUGAGCUUUCUGGUCGGAUUCCUUGCCUUUCUCGUUUUGGGCCUCAGUGUUUUGACCACUUACGGUGUCCAGGCUAUUGCCAGGUUGGAAACAUGGAGCCUCGUUCUCCUUGUGCUGUUUCUUGUUCUCUGCAUCGCGAUCAUUUUCACCAUUUGGAGGCAGCCCCAGAAUCAGCACAAAGUAGCCUUUAUGGUUCCAUUCUUACCAUUUUUGCCGGCCUUCAGCAUCCUGGUGAACAUUUACUUGAUGGUCCAGCUGAGUGCAGACACUUGGAUCAGAUUUAGCAUUUGGAUGGCACUGGGUUUCCUGAUUUACUUUGCUUAUGGCAUUAGACACAGUCUGGAGGGUAACUCGAGGGAUGAAGAAGAGGAUGAGGAUACAUAUUCAGACAACAUUAAUGCAGCAACAGAAGAAAAAUCUGCCAUUCAAGCAAAUGACCGUCACCAGAGAAACCUCAGUUUACCUUUCAUAUUCCAUGAAAAGACGAGCGAAUGCUAAUGCCUGAGGGAGCGGAGCUGGUCCACAGUCUUAACAUACAUAUCCUACACGGAGUACACCAUGACAGGAUGUUGCCAUCAUGCUAGGUUGUCAUGGGUUUGCUGCAGACAUAGUUCACCCUAAUUUAUGCUUGCUUACCUGGACAGCACCUCGUCAGAUGGUGAAUUAUGUACUCGGGGCAACCUCCUGAACUCUCUCCUCAGUGAUGAAUAGCCCCAAAACAGUGGGCAUGUGUGUGUGUAUGUAUGUAGAUGUUGGGCAAUGUGAAUGUUCAAAGCUGUUGGUGUUGUACUGUUAUUGCCUUACAUUUCUGCAGUGUUGUCAUUAAUUGGUGGCAUGUACUGCACAUACUGAAAUGAGGUUAUCACUGAAUAGAAAAGGUGUUUUGUAUGUUCCCAGUGCAGUUGGGGAAAUAACUGUUGCUUUUUCUUAUGAGGCUUCAUUAAUGUCCACCUAGAACCUGCUACAAAUGCAGUUACCCAUCUUGGUGUCUGUCAUUGGUCAGGAGUAAGAGGAGGGGAUUAGAAAUGAGCCUUUUCUAUAACUUAUAAAUGCCAGCAGUGGGUUUAUUACUGAUUUUCCUUCUAUGAGGAUGACAAUUUGCUAAAACUUUAGCCAACAGGAGUGUUCGCAUCCGCCAUACUACACAGGGCAGGAGUGGCAUUCUGUGUCACACAUGGCCUCCCUCUGAACUCCUGUCCUCUCUGAGAUCGCUGGUCCUUAAAUAUGAGGGCUUCACCUGCUGUGAAUGAUAUAGUCACUCAGUCCAAUCAGGGACUUGAAAGAGUAGUGGGGUCCACUUGGGACUCUUUAUGCUAGAAAGUGAAGGUGGUCCCCAUGGCCAGAAAGCUCACGUAAGUGGCAACGGUGAGGAUAUGUCUGAAGAUCAGAGUUAGACAUAUGCCUGGCUAAGUAGACCCCAAGCAUCCUUGUUUUAAAAGUCACUUCAAACAAGCCAAUAGAAUCUCCUGGAUCACACCAUUGAUAGAAUGAUGCAUACACUUUCUAUUACUUAAUAACUAAUCACAGUUUUUUCUUUUUCUUUUUAACCUUGUCAGGCACAGAAUCUACUUGUUUCUACUAUUAUUUUGUCUUAUUCUAGAUAUAAGGGGCUACUGUAGCAAAUUCUGUCUUUACUACAUGCAAAGGAGGAAAAAAUAAAGGGGUACAAGAAGAGAAAAUUCUUUUGUUCUGAGUUUAAAGUGCCUAUUCAGAUGUUAAAGGGCAUUUGGCCCAAUUUGGGGGUUUGGAUCUAAUUUGCCUCCAGUGUGUCUUUUGGAAACAUUUAGGGAUGUUUUUCUUCCCCCAUCCCAUAAACUAUUUAGCACUUUUUAUUUCAUUUAUUUUCAAAUGAUCACACUAAAGCUAUUAAUACAAGCUCCAAUAUUCUAUAAUAGCCCAUCAGUGGUAGGGGAAUUAAAUAUUUUGGUUAAAUACAUAAUUAUUUAAAACUUAAGCCUGAAAAAUCAACCAAAUUGAAUUGAAGCUAUAUAAACACAGAAAGCUUUAUAUGAGUAAAUAAUUUGUUUUUAUUUGUAAAGUUCUCUAAAGACUGUAUUUUAUAGGGUUCUCUAAUAGUGGACUAUUUAUCUGCAGUGUGUUUUGCUUCUCAUGAAUUAUUUUUCUUACAAAUAAUUAAAUGGUUCACUAGAUGAGGCUAGGAGCUAAACACAUAUGCAUGGGCUCCCUUCCCAGGAUGAACGUUAUCAAGUGCACAAGUUGACCAGAGGCAAGGAAAACAUUUGUUUUCUGAAAGCUCUUUCAAGACAACAGUUAUUUUAUUGAUGCCAUUAAAAAGCAAGUUGCAAUUCUUUUGUCUACCCCAGAGUUUAUUGUGAUUAAAUAUCAAAUAAACAAGUAGAAGACCUGGUUUUCCGGCUGCUAGUGUGGGAGCAUGGCUGACAUAGAACUCAGUAGUGACAUUCCACAAUUGCCAGGGUGUGUGUGGUGAGAUCUGAAGCCCCAAAUUCUCUUUCAAGCUGCGUGUUUUAUUGGAGAGGAAGAGUUGCAUAAGCAAGAGGUCAUUUUUGUAAGGACUGUAGGCAUAAUCAUAAAUCUUUGCUGUUGCAGCUGUACACCGAGAACCCCUUUUGUUCUGUAAUCAAUCUAGAAUAGGCCCUUCAUGCAGGGAACAUGAGGAAUUUCAUACAUGAAUAUUUAAAUCUUUUACUGUAACAAAACAGAAAAAUGUGUUUAGAACGUGAUAGGCAGCUAAAAUUAUCAUGCCCGCCAAUUAGGAACAGAAUUUAGUUAAAAAAUAUUUUUCCACUUUUGAAACACUUUGUAAACACACAUAUCUAUGAAAAGAUGCUUUGUCAGUAACUGUGCUUUUUUUCUGUGAAGACUGAAAUGUGCAUUCGUAUGUAUGUGUGAGUGUAUAUAUAUAUAUAUGGAUGUGUGUGUAUUUCAAAUGUCAGCAUAUAACUCAGUUGGAUUUAUGAUGGGCUUUGGAAAUGAUCCUGUCGUGUGCAUAAAAAAGCCAACUGAUGUGGAGAAAAAAUAAUGUUUUAUAUUGAUAGGUAUGCUUAUACAAAAUUUUUAGGUUUUAAACUAUUUUGAAAUAUACAAUUUUAUAUGUAUAAUAUUUUCUAUAGAUAGAUUCUUUAAGAAAGAUAUAUUUAUAAUGUUUCUAAUAUAAAAUCAGUAGACUCUAGUACAUUAUAACAGGUGCUUUAUGAUCUGAAAUGGAGGCGGGGUGGGGGAAAUUAGGGUAUUUCUGUUUACUCGUUUCUGUGGCACCUUUUCUGAAAUCUCUGUCUUGGUAUGUGUUUAUUAGGAAAUCCAGUACCACCAGCUCUCAUACUUCCUCCCCGUUCCUAGAUUUGAAUUCGUAAGGUUUUGAACAAAAUGUUGUUUUUACUUUCCUGGGAUUACCAAAGAGUUUUGUGUAGAUUUGACUAGUAAUCAAUCACACGCCAAGUCCUCUCCAGAAAUUAAAAAAUACUUGUGCUCAUUCUCUUAAUUAUGAUUCAGUAAAAACAGUUUAAAUUACUUUUUUCUUUUUUACACUGGGAAAUAUGCUCUGUUAACAUUUUCAGUGAAAACUUCUUAUAAUAGCGCCUUUAUUUUAUGCUCGUAAAAAAGAGAGAAGAUACUUUAUGAAUGACCAUAUAAAGGCCACUCCUGCCCUACAAUUCACAAAGUAGCUAUGCAAAUUCAAGUUUAAAAACUAUUUAUGAGAAAACUUGUAUUAGAGCUUUUGAUAUGUACUGAAAUACAGAUUAUUGCUUAAUCACAUUUUCCACAGAGAUGAACAUCAAGAAAACUAAGACCGAAACGUCAUUUGGAGUACAUACAUUAAAGAAAAACUAAUGUUCAUAUGUAUUACUCUUACUAGCCAUAGUUGAUGGGAAGUAUCCAUUUGAGAAUUAUCUUCCUUUAAAAGACAAGAGCCUCUCUUCUUUUAAUUUUUCAGAAUAAAAGAUUUUUUUAACUUUUUUAUUUUAAAAAUGAGCCAGAAUAUUUUCUGAGUCCUGGGUAUGUGCAGAUAGUUGAACUAUUUUGAACUAGAAUCUGUGUUUGCCAAAUUAUCUUCUAAACUUACUUGAUUGCUUAGCAGAGAGAAUAAGGAAAAGUCAUCACCCUCCAAUACUGAUAAUGCUGAGGGAGCAGUCUUAUCUUCUUUCCUCUUAAAUCAGGGCAUAUUCUGAGAUUACAAACCACAUGAUAAAAUUGUGCCAAGAUUCCAGCUCUCUUUUCCCUCUGGAGUUGCUUAUGAUUUUCUCUGCCCGAUUUUCCUGACGUGCUUCAAGUGACUGUUGGUUGACACCAAAAAUACAAUUUGCACAGAAUUUUAAAGGAUUGUGUUUAGAGCAUCCAUCAUGGAGUAUUAAAACCCACAUUAUUAGUGUGAAUUUUUGCUGGGGGUGUUGAUGGUGGGGAGUGAGUUAUUCUUUUUGCUAGUACCCAAAUAGCGCCUUCUCUGUAUGUUUUCCACUUACGUUCUCUAACAUGUCCUAACAUACCAAGGGAAGAAAUACCAGAGUUCAUGUAGUAAAUGCCAGCACAGGUCAUUGUUUAGUCGUGUAGAUUUGAAAAUAAGGCUGCUUGACUUUGUUGUUUAGCCGAGAUUUUUUUUUCUUGUAUAAUUAUAUUUAAACAUUUUUAAAUGGCUUUCUGGUUUCUAGAUUUCGAGAAGCCUAUUCUGUUAUUGUUGUGGUUGUUGGUUUGGUUUUUGUAACACUCAUUAUUGUUUAUUUGUACACAGUUUAGUCUUACUGAUUUCAAAUGCAUUUUGUUAUGGCUCGACCCAGUUGGCAACCCUGUUUGCUGGGAGCACUAUAUUUAGCUGUAUUCACCAUGGCUGAAGCCACUGCCACAAUCUUUGGCCUUAAAGAGCCUUCACUGACCACUGGGGCUCCUGGGGGCUCAUAACCAGGCCCCCAGGCUGGCGUCAGGUUGAGGCAGCCUGCAAGUUGUGAGCAUCUGUAGCUACCUCUGAUGGGUGGGGUUUCGGGAUGAUGGGAUAGGGUAUGAAGUGAAAGACUUCACAUGGAAGGAAGGUAGUUUGGGGUCCUUAAUUUAUGGUCUGAAUAUCUCAUGAGUACAUCAAGGUAAAUGAGAUGGACCAAGGAACCUCUAUGACUCAUGAAAAGGAUGGCUGCUUCCUGAAACUGGCACCACAAGGCAGGGUCUAGCCCACUGCAAUCCCUGGUGGACGCUGACAGCCGUGGGGCAGAAAGUACGGGGGCCGAGGCUCAGUUGGUAAAGAGUCUUGUUUUGCCAACAGGGCGGGUUUCUCAGUUGUCAUAAACCCACCCCUGAUUGACAGACUCUUCAUCUUUGUUGUCCACUAGGGGUGCCCAAUUGUUUUAUUGCUUUAUUUUGUUAUCAUUGUGCUUAAUAGAAAUUGUUGAUAGGGCCCCAAACCCUGCAGAGAUUCUUUGUAAAAAUCAACAGAUACAUUGGACUUGUGCGAAUGUAAAGAUUUUUUGUUUAGUAGGUAAUUUUAAAUUUAAAUGUUUUCAAUGAUAAUCUGUGUUCCUUUUUACAUAUGAAGUUGGAUUAUUUUUUAGGAUUUGUAAUAAAUAAAAACUGUUGCUGCUUUACCACUGUAAAUAUGCUUUCUAAUGUGACCAUGUAUUUUUUAAAUAAAUUUUAAUAUGACUUAUAA